UCAUCUAUUUAUUAUUAUUAUUUUUUUUUUACUUUUGAAGGGAGGGAGAAUGGUCCACUUGGACUGGUCUCGAAUAGGGGGAGAGAGUUCGAGAAGGAGAGAGAGAGAAACCUCCAUUGCAGCGCCUUCAGCCCUGUACUCUGUACUUAGUACUAAGUAAGUAUAAUGAUUCUGGGUGACUCAAGAAGCAAGAUGGAGCUUCCGUUUUGCAUAAAUCAUUCCUAAGACACGAAGGUUCUGUCAACCAUGGGACGGUCUUCUGCGUCGUCGAUCCUUCCCAAAAAUUUGCCCUUCUUUGUUUUGUUUUUUCCUGGUUUUCAAUUCCUUUUUAAACCGUAUUCGGUAGUAUUCUUCUUAAGCUACCCUUGUUAUAAACUUAUGCCUAGUCAUCCGAAUUUAUUUAUUAUUUAAUUUGUUUAUUAUUAGGUAUUGAUAUAAUUGAUGCAUUUAAUUUUCCAAUGAAUGUGAGGGGAGGAACAGUUGCUUUUGCCACCGGCGCGUUAGUGUCUUGGCUAACCGCCGGUCAAUCAAAAAAAAGAACGGGCUCGAACCCUUGUUUUGUCAAGGCAGGUCUUUGCCAUUUCAUACUGGUGGAACCGCGCAGGGACUGGCCAUGUCUUAUAUUUUCUUUUCAUCUUGUUUAUUUCUCUUUUCUUUUAAGUAAUAUUUGUUCUUCUGGAUAUAAUUAUCAAGCAGAAUAGUACCAUGAUGGCAACAUACGAUGAUGUCUCUUCUCGCAGUUGAUUUCAACUCAAGGUAUCAUGGUCCCGGUAAUAAGGGGUUGUUAGCGGGAGUUCUUAAGCCGUUUUUAAUCUGGCAUAUAUUAAUCAUGGAACACUAAUGCUGCCUGGUGCUUAAUGGAAGGAUGUUUAAAAAAAAAAACAAGAAAAUAAAAUAGUAGUAGAUAACAAAUUAAUUAAUUUUCCAAUUAAAGGAAGUAGGGAGAAAAAAAAAAGGAAAAAUGAAAAGAAACAGUCGACGUGUGGACUUCGUCAUCAUUGCUAAGAAACGCCUGUGUGAUGGCAAGAAGAUCAUAGACGGUUUGGGCGCAGACUAAAGACUUUUAGCUGGUGUUGGAUUUUGGUCAUUCGGAAAGAAUCAUUCAAUCCAUUGAUUUGUUUUGUGAUUCCGAAAACCAUUGUAGCUAUGUUGUAUUCUUGCGAUUUCUUGGUUUUCUUCUCGUAUUUCUUUUUGAAGAAAUAAAUAAUGCGUGUCAUUAUAACUCAUGAUUAAAAUAGGAAAUUUAGUUUUAUUUUAUAGGUAGUAGUGAUGGGGAUGUGAGGAAAAGUACCUUGAAAAUAGUAG